AACCCGGAUGUCGCACAUGCGCGAAAGCGCGUAGCUGGAUUUGGCGGCGGCGGCGGCGGCGGCUGAAGCUGAAGGAGCGACGGUGUUCUCAUCGUCACUCGGUUGGCGCCCUCCUCUCUCCUGGCGGCGCCUGAGGCCCUUGCGCGCGCAGAGCCGCGCCGUCGGCCUCCGCCGCCGCCGCCUCUCCCUCGUUUCGGGCUGCUGAGGGGGCGGGAAGUUGAAGCGAGAGAAGAGGAGCAGAAGGGACGGCGGCGCUCAGGCCCCUCACGGGCAGGCCGCGGUGGGGGCGGCGGCGGCGGCGGCGGAGCUCCAGACGGGGUCCCGGCCGAGGCCCAGGUGUGCCCUAGAUCAGAUCCCUGGCUCAUUAGCUGACAGCUGUAUUUGGUCUAGAAGUAAAAACUCUACCAAAUGGACAAUAUGUCUAUUACUAACACGCCAACAAGUAAUGACGCUUGUCUAAGCAUUGUUCACAGUCUGAUGUGCCAUCGACAAGGAGGAGAGAGUGAAACGUUUGCAAAACGAGCAAUUGAAAGCUUAGUGAAAAAACUCAAGGAGAAAAAAGAUGAACUAGAUUCUUUGAUUACAGCUAUAACUACAAAUGGAGCUCAUCCUAGCAAAUGUGUUACAAUUCAGAGAACAUUGGAUGGAAGACUUCAGGUGGCUGGUCGCAAAGGAUUUCCUCAUGUAAUUUAUGCUCGCCUCUGGAGAUGGCCUGAUCUUCACAAAAAUGAACUCAAACAUGUCAAAUAUUGCCAGUACGCUUUUGACUUGAAGUGUGAUAGUGUCUGUGUAAAUCCCUAUCAUUAUGAGCGUGUCGUGUCACCUGGCAUCGAUCUUUCAGGAUUGACGCUGCAGAGUUCUGCACCACCGAGCAUGCUGGUGAAAGAUGAAUAUGUUCAUGAAUUUGAGGGACAGCCAUCACUAUCGACUGCUGAAGGCCAUUCAGUUCAGACUAUCCAGCAUCCACCAAGUAACAGGGCCUCCACAGAAACCUACAGCACCCCAGCCAUGUUAGCUCCUUCUGAGUCUACCGCUGCCAGCACCACCAACUUUCCCAACAUUCCUGUCGCUUCUACAAGUCAACCCACCGGUAUGCUGCCAGGUAGCCACAGUGAUGGACUCUUGCAGAUUGCUUCAGGACCUCAGCCAGGGACACAGCAGAAUGGCUUUGCGGCUCAGCCAGCUACUUAUCACCACAGUGUGUGUGUUUUUAAAGAUAGUACAACAACUUGGACUGGGAGUCGAACGGCAGCCUACACACCUACCAUCCCUCACCAUCAGAAUGGACAUCUUCAGCAUCAUCCGCCUAUGCCCCAUCCUGGACACUAUUGGCCAGUUCAUAAUGAACUUGCAUUCCAGCCUCCUAUAUCAAAUCACCCUGCUCCAGAGUACUGGUGUUCAAUUGCUUACUUUGAGAUGGAUGUGCAAGUUGGAGAAACGUUCAAAGUUCCCUCAAGCUGCCCAGUUGUUACUGUUGAUGGAUACGUGGACCCUUCAGGAGGGGACCGUUUUUGCCUUGGUCAGCUCUCCAAUGUUCAUAGAACAGAAGCCAUUGAGAGAGCAAGGUUGCAUAUAGGGAAGGGUGUGCAGCUUGAAUGUAAAGGCGAAGGUGACGUCUGGGUUCGGUGCCUCAGUGACCACGCCGUCUUUGUCCAGAGUUACUACUUGGAUCGAGAAGCAGGACGUGCGCCAGGCGAUGCAGUUCACAAAAUUUAUCCAAGUGCAUAUAUAAAGGUGUUUGACUUACGUCAGUGCCAUCGUCAGAUGCAACAGCAGGCUGCUACGGCACAGGCUGCAGCUGCUGCACAAGCUGCUGCAGUUGCAGGAAACAUCCCCGGGCCAGGAUCGGUAGGGGGAAUUGCUCCAGCCAUAAGUUUGUCAGCUGCUGCUGGAAUUGGUGUGGAUGACCUUCGGCGGUUGUGCAUACUCAGGAUGAGUUUUGUCAAAGGUUGGGGACCUGAUUACCCAAGACAGAGCAUUAAAGAGACACCAUGUUGGAUUGAGAUUCACCUGCAUCGUGCCCUCCAGCUCCUAGACGAAGUACUUCACACCAUGCCGAUUGCAGAUCCCCAGCCACUAGACUGAGACGUUGCUGCUGCUGCUGUUAGCCAUUAUAGAGCGCAGAUGGUGGAUUGUAACAUACAACUUUGUUUAUUACUGGAAGAUAUAUUUUACUUCCAUUCUGCUUAAUCUCUUAACCAGGUUUUAAACAGAAAAUGUCUUUGCCACCUUGCUCUCAGCAGAAAGAAUCUGAACCUGCAGUGACUUUGAAUUAGUUCACACUCUCAGACUCUGUUGUUGUUGUUAGAGGAGGCUGAUGCCAGUAAGCAAACUUAUGAUUGUGGUCCCAGCGUAUUCACUGCUAUGCCUUUUCCUUGGACAUGGAACGUGGCGUGGCAGAGCUGUCCAAAAUUCUCAUCAAUUUUGGACGACCCUUUGUAUGUCUGGGAGCUUGGAGAUGGAGCUUCAUGUAGGCAGUCAUUCAGGCUGGCCCUAGUUGCAUCCACUCCAAAUGAGCAAAAUCAAACCACGUUGAUUAUUCUGAAGGGGUGGAUUCUAGCGAUAUUGUCUACCACUGCACUGAGGAACAAGUCUCAUUAUGGGAGACUCUAGUGUGUGUGUAAAAUACCUGUGUAAGCGUGCUCCUUUAAAAUACAGGGGCUGGCAUGAGAGGCUGCCCCAAUGGUGUGGUCAGGGAAGGGGCUUCUGCAGAAUGACUUGAAACUGCUUCCGGGCAGUCCCUUGGAAGUAGCGCUGCCAUGCUACAGGGCCAGGGUGGCCUUUGAAAUCGAUGCAGGGCUGCCUGUCAUGCUGGCCAUGAAAAGUGGACAGUCUUCAAAGCUCUAGAACUAGAUUUAAAUGCAAGAUGAAAUAUUGAACAAAGAGAAUUGCCAGUUAAAUGUUAUUUAGCAAAUGCCUAAUAUGCAGGAGCAUGUUUUCAUGACACUUCCCAAAUGAUUCUAGAUGCAACGAAGAGCCUCUUUUAGGUGGUAUGGAUGCGUUACUGAACCUGGAGUGCCAUCUUCAGCCUUGAAAUGAUGAUUGCAUCACCGAGAAUUCAGAUUUUGCAUCUGCUUCAGCAUUUCUACUCAGGGCAAGAUGGCAAACUUGUUUUUAUACUUCUUGGUUAUUUUAAGCUCUUUAGCCCAUCAGCAAUCUUUAUCGAUUUGCAUUGAUGUUGUAUAGAGAAUUUCAAGUAGAAGUUGCAAAUGAAUCUGCUGUAUGACAGAUGCAAUAUUAUGCUUUCUCUAGUUAAUAAAAAUCAGUAAAAUUCUCCAAACUCAGAUAUAAAUUUAUCUAUUUUGGUUUUAUUAAAUAUUUUUCUACACUUUUAAUCCCUUAAUCUAGAAUUCUGGGUGAAUUUGCUCCUGGAAACGCUGCAGUAAUCAAUAGGAGGGCUUCUCGUGCAGUUUCUGGCUAUUUCUCAAGUGUCAGCUGUCUCUGCUCUGUACAGGCACAGUAUUAGGAGAGAGCAUCGUGCUGAGAUGGCAGCCACUGUGCCCAGGAGAGGGUGUGGCUGGUUUGCUCUGCAACUUGAGCAGAACUGUCAGAUGCUGCCUACCCCCACCCCCCAGCUCUUGGGCUGUGACAUCCCCUUACCUCUUCCCACAAGCAAUUUGAAGGAGGGGGUGAUAGUUCAGUAGUAGAGCUCCUGCUUUGCAAGCAGAAGGUUCAGCUUCAGUCCCUGGUAUUUCCAUUUAAAAGAUGAUGUAGCAGGGAUGGAGACCUCUUCUGAGGCCUCAGAGAGCUGCUGCCUGUCAGAGCAGGCAAUGGUCUGGUUUAACAGGAAGCAGCUUCACAUGUUCCGUUGACUACUUCUGCUUUAUCUUCUAGUUGUGCAAAACCCAGAUGACUUGAUUGACUAAGGUGGUGCCUCUGAUUUAAUCAGGCAACAGUUUUUAUAUUUAAGUACUUACAAAAUCUGUAGAUGGCAGCCUCCGUCUUAGAUGAGAAACCCCCCGCCCCUUCUCACACACUGGAGGGAAUGCGUCCUUUGUGGUUCUUACUGUGACCCAUUCAUGUAUUAUCUAAAAAACAGUUUGCUUUCUCUUCAAAACUGUUGUAUGAAUAUGCAAAUUUGAUUGAAUUAAAACUUAUAAUAUUAA